GUGAGGUCAAGCUGAAGGUCGACUGACACGAAGAGGAAGAGUGCAUCACGAACGAUCGACUACGCUCAUUUCUUCUCCAUAGUCGAGAACCCCCGCCGCACAGACAAGCUGGAGAUACCCGUUGGUUCUAUCGACGCCUCGCUCCUCAAUCUCGGUCCAUCCUGCCUCCCUCCCCCCUUAUCCCGACACUGCCGCCAAGAUGCGUCCCGAAGUCGAGCAGGAACUUGCCCACACCUUGCUCGUCGAGCUUCUCGCGUACCAAUUUGCCUCUCCGGUACGAUGGAUCGAAACACAAGACGUCUUUCUUGGCGAGAAAACAGCCGAGCGCAUUGUCGAAGUCGGCCCGGCAGAUACCCUGGGUGGGAUGGCAAAAAAGACGUUGGCAUCUAAAUACGAAGCCUUUGACGCUGCCAAAUCGAUUCAACGGCAGAUUUUAUGCUAUAACAAGGAUGCGAAAGAAAUCUACUACGACGUAGACCCCGCCGAGGACGAGCCAGAACCCACCGCCAAUGCUCCGGAACCUCCGUCAGGCUCGUCGGCAGCACCAGCAGUAGCCGCUGCUCCCGCUGCUGUUGCUUCCGCACCCGCGCCUAGUGCCGGCCCCGCUGCCGCCGUCGACGAUGCUCCCGUGUCUGCGCUCGAGAUUGUCAGGGCCUUAAUUGCGCAGAAGCUGAAGAAGCCGUUCUUGGAAGUCCCUCUAAGCAAGGCGAUCAAGGACCUCGUCGGAGGAAAAUCUACUCUUCAGAACGAGAUACUCGGUGAUUUGGGGAAGGAGUUUGGCUCAACCCCCGAGAAGCCUGAGGAUACUCCCAUCGACGAGCUCUCGGCGUUAAUGCAAACUACAUUUAACGGCCAGCUCGGGAAGCAGUCACAGUCGCUCAUCGCGCGUUUGAUCUCCUCGAAAAUGCCUGGCGGAUUCAACAUGACAUCAGCACGCAAGUAUCUGGAGACCAGAUGGGGCCUCGGCCCUGGGAGACAGGACGGGGCUCUCAUACUAGCCCUCACUAUGGAGCCUCCGUCUCGCCUGGGCUCCGAGAACGACGCCAAGGCAUACCUAGACGAUGUUACGCGGAAGUACGCUUCCAACGCCGGAAUCAGCCUGUCUACCGCUACCACCGCCGGCCCGGCCGCCGGCGGGUCUGGCGGUAUGAUGAUGGACCCUGCCGCUAUCGAUGCCCUCACGAAGGACCAACGUGCUCUAUUUAAGCAGCAGCUGGAGCUGUUAGCGAGAUACCUGAAAAUGGACCUCCGAGCCGGCGACAAAGCUGCCCAGACAUCACAAGAGUCUCAACAAGUGCUGCAGGCGCAGCUUGAUCUUUGGACCUCCGAGCACGGUGAUUUCUACGCGGCCGGAAUUGAGCCGAUUUUUAGCCCGUUAAAAGCUCGCACGUACGACUCUUCGUGGAACUGGGCACGUCAAGAUGCCCUUAGCAUGUUUUACGACGUCAUCUUCGGGCGACUACAAGCUGUCGAUCGAGAAAUCGUCAGCCAGUGCAUCCGCAUUAUGAGCAAAUCGAAUCCGCUGCUGCUCGAGUUCAUGCAGUAUCAUAUCGACAACUGCCCGACGGAGCGCGGGGAGACAUAUAAGCUCGCUAAGGAGCUGGGUCAACAGCUGAUCGAGAAUUGCAAAGAUGUCCUGAACGUUCCUCCAGUCUACAAGGAUGUGGCUAUUCCGACGGGGCCCCAUACUUCAAUCGAUGUUCGUGGUAAUCUGAAUUACCAAGAGGUUCCGCGGCAGAGCUGUCGAAAACUUGAGCAUUAUGUCCAGCAGAUGGCGGAGGGCGGCAAGAUAUCCGAGUACGGCAACAGGACGAAGGUACAAAACGACCUCGGACGCCUUGUGAAGCUUAUCAAGGAGCAACACAAGAUGUCUAAAACCGCAAAGCUUGAAUUUAAAAACCUCUACGGAAACGUACUUCGUUCCCUCGCCAUGAAUGAGAGCCAGAUAGUACCCAAAGACGGCGGGAAAGCGAAUGGCUUCGCCAAGAAACCUUCCUUGAAGGCCAACGGCCAGAGCAACAAGGGCAAGAUGGAAACCAUCCCGUUCUUGCAUCUCAAACGUCACAACUUACACGGAUGGGAGUACAGCAAACGACUCACCGGUAUUUAUCUAGACUGCCUAGAAGAGGCCGCAAAGUCUGGUGUCACUUACCAGGACAAAUAUGUGCUCAUGACCGGUGCCGGCGCCGGUUCUAUCGGUGCCGAAGUUCUCCAAGGGUUAAUUAGCGGAGGUGCCAGGGUCAUCGUAACCACCAGUCGAUUCUCGCGGCAGGUGACCGAAUAUUAUCAGUCCAUGUACGCAAGAUACGGUGCCCGCGGGUCCCAGCUUAUCGUCGUCCCCUUCAACCAAGGCAGUAAGAAAGACGUGGAAGACCUCGUAUCUUACAUCUACGACCCUAAGAGUGGAUUGGGGUGGGAUCUAGACUAUAUUGUGCCGUUUGCGGCCAUUUCUGAGACUGGCCGGCAGAUCGAUGGCAUUGAUUCGAAGUCUGAACUCGCUCACCGCAUCAUGUUGACAAAUCUAGUCCGUCUUUUGGGCUAUGUCAAGGCACAGAAGUCGAGCCGCGGCUUCGAGACUCGCCCUGCUCAAGUUGUGUUGCCGUUGUCUCCCAACCACGGCACAUUCGGUAGCGAUGGCCUCUAUUCGGAGUCGAAGCUCGGCCUCGAGACCCUUUUCAACCGCUGGCACUCCGAGGAUUGGGCCAACUAUCUCACCAUCUGUGGCGCCGUCAUCGGCUGGACCCGCGGCACUGGUCUCAUGUCUGGCAACAACAUUGUCGCCGAAGGUGUCGAGCAAUUUGGAGUACGCACAUUCUCUCAGCAAGAGAUGGCUUUCAACCUUCUUGGGUUGAUGUCGCCUGCGAUCGUGGAUCUCUGCCAGACUGAGCCCGUAUUUGCCGACCUGAACGGCGGUCUGCAGCUCAUCCCCAACCUGAACGAUACCAUGACGCGAUUGCGCAAGGACAUCAUGGAGACUAGCGAAGUCCGCCGAGCUGUCACCAAAGAGACCGCAAUCGAGAACAAGAUAAUCAACGGCGAGAACUCGGAAGCCCUAUACAGGAAGAAGCUCAUUGAGCCGCGCGCCAACAUCAAAUUUGACUUCCCCCCUCUUCCAGACUGGCAGAAAGAGGUCGAACCGCUUAACGACGGCCUUAAAGGCAUGGUUGAUUUGGAGAAGGUGGUGGUGGUCACCGGGUUUGCCGAAAUAGGACCCUGGGGAAAUUCGAGGACGCGUUGGGAGAUGGAAGCGUACGGCGAGUUCUCAAUCGAAGGGUGCGUCGAGAUGGCGUGGAUCAUGGGGCUUAUCAAGAACCACAAUGGCCCUCUCAAAGGGCAACCCUACUCAGGUUGGGUCGACGCUAAGACCGAGGAGCCGGUCGAGGAUAAGGAUAUCAAGCAUAGGUAUGAAAAGCAUAUCCUGGAACACUCGGGCAUUCGUCUCAUCGAGCCGGAGCUCUUUGACGGGUACGACCCCAACAAGAAGAUGAUGUUGCACGAGAUUCAGCUCGAGGAAGAUCUCGAGCCCUUUGAGGGAUCGAAGGAGACGGCCGAAGAGUUCAAGAGACAGCACGGCGAUAAAUGCGAAAUCUUCGAGAUUCCAGAGACCGGCGAGUACACCAUCCGCCUCCGUAGAGGUGCGACUCUAUGGAUUCCCAAGGCCCUCCGGUUCGACCGUCUCGUCGCCGGACAGAUCCCCACCGGUUGGGAUGCCAAGAAGUACGGUGUUCCCGACGACAUCAUUUCUCAAGUCGAUCGCGUCACGCUCUAUGUCCUCGUUGCCGUUGCCGAAGCUCUCCUGGCCUCCGGCAUCACCGACCCGUACGAGUUUUACAAGUACGUUCACGUAUCCGAAGUGGGCAACUGUAUCGGUUCUGGCCAGGGUGGUAUGAAUGCGCUAAACGGGAUGUAUACCAAGCGUAAGAUGGACCAUGAUAUCCAGAAAGACAUUUUACAGGAGUCUUUCAUCAAUACCAUGUCUGCCUGGGUUAACAUGCUCUUGUUGUCCUCCUCUGGCCCUAUCAAAACUCCUGUCGGGGCCUGUGCCACGGCCGUAGAAUCUAUCGAUAGUGGUUAUGAGGCCAUCAUGGAAGGCAAGGCACGCAUAUGCCUCGUGGGCGGCUUCGACGAUUUCGGCGAGGAGGGUUCGUACGAGUUUGCCAACAUGAAGGCAACGAGCAACAGCGCAGAUGAAUUUGCCCACGGUCGUACACCUCAAGAGAUGUCGCGCCCGACGACGACGACGAGAAGCGGAUUCGUGGAAUCACAGGGUUGCGGUAUACAGAUCAUCAUGACCGCUAGGCUAGCGCUCGAUAUGGGUGUGCCGAUCUAUGGCGUUGUCGCUCUCACUACUACUGCUAGUGACAAGAUCGGACGAUCGGUACCAGCACCUGGCCAGGGCUUGUUAACUACUGCUCGGGAGGCGCCCAGCAAAUUCCCAUCGCCUCUGCUUGACCUCAAAUACCGCCGCCGACAGAUUGAGCUACGGAAGAGACAGAUUCGCAAUUGGAAAGAAUCCGAACUAGAAUAUCUAUACGAGGAGGCAGCAGCUAUGCAAGCCCAAGGCCACAAAUUUAACGAGGAGGAAUACACCCAAGCUCGUGCUAUCCAUAUUGAGAAGGAGGCUGCACGACAGGAGAAGGAGGCCUUGCGAAGCCUCGGGAACAACUUCUGGAAGCAAGACAACUCCAUCGCCCCCCUCCGGGGCUCCCUUGCGACGUGGGGCCUCACAAUCGACGACCUCGAUGUCGCUUCCUUCCACGGCACCUCCACCAAGGCCAACGACAAGAAUGAAUCCUCGGUCGUCUGCCAGCAGCUACGGCACCUUGGCCGAAAGAAGGGCAACGCUCUUAUGGGUAUCUUCCAAAAAUAUCUCACAGGCCACCCUAAGGGCGCUGCCGGCGCUUGGAUGUUUAACGGCUGCUUGCAAGUCCUGAACAGUGGUCUCGUCCCCGGUAACCGCAACGCCGACAACGUUGACCAAGAUAUGGAGAAGUUCGACCUAAUCGUAUACCCUAGCCGAAGCAUCCAGACCGACGGUGUGAAGGCUUUCUCGGUCACCUCUUUCGGGUUUGGUCAAAAGGGCGUCCAGGUCGUUGGUGUUCAUCCUAGAUACCUGUAUGCUGUGCUCGAUAAGGAGACAUAUGCCGCAUAUUGCACCAAGGUGACUGCCCGUCAGAAGAAGGCUUACCGCUACAUGCACAAUGGUAUGAUCAACAAUACCAUCUUCCGAGCGAAGGACCACGCGCCAUACUCUGAAGAUCAGCUCUCUUCGGUGCUGUUGAACCCGGAUGCCAGAGUAACGGAGGACAAGACUGCCGCGCUAACCUACGCUGCCGACUUCGCGGCCCAAGCUGCUGAGCCCCAUGCGAAGAAGGCCAGAUCCACGAAGGAAAUGGUGGAAAGCUUAGCCCAAAGUCUACAGACCGGCAAGAAUAAUAAGAUUGGAGUCGACGUCGAGGACAUAGCCGCCAUCAACAUCGACAAUCCGACCUUUAUCGAACGUAAUUUCACGGAGAAGGAGAUUGCAUAUUGCCAAAGGACUCCCAGCCCGCAGAGUUCCUUUGCCGGGCGCUGGAGCGCGAAAGAGGCCAUCUUCAAGAGCCUUGGCGUCCAAAGUAAGGGCGCCGGCGCAGCCUUGAAGGAGAUUGAGAUUCUUCCUAACGAGAACGGCGCUCCUAUCGUUACUCUUCACGGUGACGCGCAAGAUGCCGCGAAAAAGGCAGGUGUGAAAGAGAUCAGCGUCUCCAUCUCGCAUUCAGAGACGCAGUCUAUCGCCAUCGCCGUCACGACAUUUUAAAGGUCAUUAGCGCACCCCUAUAUUAUUCUCCCCUCCUCGCUUCACCGAGAGCAGGGACAAAAAAGAUAAAACCUAGUCACAAGCCAUGCCGCGUUUCUCUCCGCGGUUUUGGAGGUUUCGUCGCCCGUGGCACUUGACGGAUAUUUCCUUCAAAUACACCCCUGCCAAUAAUGAAGGCCUCUUAAGGAAGGAGACUGUGGCGUCUAUCAACGGCAGCAAUUACACCUAAGAGGAGGCAACGCGGACGAAGAGAGAUGCAAGCAGGCGUUCUUUUUUUUCGGGACGUAUUUACCUACGACGAAUAUUGU